CAAAAACUUUUCUCAUUCAGGCUUUCGGUUGAAGUUGAACGAAAAUCUCAGUUACUGUGAGAGCUUUGAGUAGUGAAUAAUUGCGUCAGAUAGUGUGUCGCGUUUCUCUAUUUUUAGGAUUGUUUACAUUAAUAAGGUGCCGUAUGGAGUGCAAGGUUGUGGUGGUGGGCGAAAGCAAGAGUGGAAAAACAGCAGUAAUACAAAGGUUCGCUAAUGAUACUUUUUUAACGAUAUAUACUCCUACAGAUUUCGAAAGAGUUUCGGUAGAACAUUUAGUAGGUGAUUAUAAUGUUCAACUUACGCUAUGGGACACAUCGGGUGCUAGUGCCUAUGAUACUGUUAGACCUUUGUGUUAUAAAGAUGCCCGGGCAUUUCUACUUUGUUUCGACAUAUCUUCACAAGUUUCAUUUCAUAAUGCUUUAAAAAAGUGGUAUCCUGAAAUUAGAAGGCAUAGUGAAGCUCCAAUAGUGCUAUGCGGGUGCCAAAGUGAUUCCAGAGAUGACGUCAAAUAUCCCGUCACACCUGAGCAGGCAGCAGCUGUAGCACGACAAAUGAACGCAUCAGCGUAUGUAGAGACAUCAGCCAAAGAUGAACUUGGUGUCACAGAUGCUUUCGAACUUUCUGCUUUAGCCGGACUUGGCAAAAGCCGUUUCUCAAGUCUAGUAAGAAGACAUGCGCCGCACUUAAAGCGCCAUGUUAGGCUUAGUCAGCAAAAAUGUCUAAUCAUGUGAUACGUCGUGAAAUGCUCAAUGAAGGGAUGAUUCUGAAUUUUAAAAGAGACUUUUUGGAACGUAUGAGUUAUGCAGCCGUUCGGUCUACUCAGAUUAGACCGACGAGUUGCGCAUAUGCUCAAUAAAUUCUCUGGAUACUUAUACAGCAGUUAUUUUUCCCAUCUGCCAAUCGCUUUAAGAAUGUGGCAGUUUUCAAAAUUGGGGACCAAAUCAUUGUUUGCUGUUUGAGUUAGAUUACCAGGUGCAGUUUAGUUUGAUUGCUGCUAAAAUUGUUAGUUAUUUUCAAAGAACAUAUUGUUUUGACAAUCAAUACUUAUCUUUGAGUUUCUGUAAUAUGACGAAAGAAAUUUGUUCUAAAAGUGUAGUUUUUUGCCUUUUUUUUUAUUAAGUUUUUGUUUUAAAAUGAAAUCAUAAAAAAAUUAUAGUUAUUACUUUUUUUUUAAAUAGCUGUACGAACUUUAUACUUAGUUGAUAAUUGGUAAUAAAAUUUUAAAGCAAACGAAACGUUGAUGUUAUUAGCUUCCAGUGGUUGAUAUUAUAUACUUUUCUACUUCAAAAACGUCAAUGAAAUAAUAAAUUUUGUAGCGUUGCGUGACAUCAUUUUUUUUUCUUCCUUUUAACCAUUAUUGGAUACUAUUUUUGACAGGAUUGUAUUUUUUAAAACUCGAAUUUAAUUCGUGGUGAUACAUUUCUAUAGGUAUAUUUUAUAAAACAAAUUUCUAAAUGUGUCAGCAAAUGCAAGAAUAAUGCGAUAUAUGACUCUGAAAAUCUACGUAACUCUAUUACUAAUUUUAGAACUGUUCCCUGAAAAAUUUUAAACUUGGUUUCGUUCGAGAAUCGUAUAACGCAAGCAAGGAUCGAAAUAAAGUGAAAGUAGACUCAAAUAAGUUUUUGACUAUGAUUAUGAGUUAGGUAAAUAUGACAUUUGGAGAAUUUAACGCUUCGAUAAAUUAAAUGUGGAGUUAUUGUUUCUAUUUUGCAAACUGUAUAUUCCAUAAAAGCGCAAUUAGUUGUUCAAUGACGAUCUUCUUUAAAAAAUAUUUUUCAAAUCCUUUCCAAUAAGUAUGCACACUGGAAGUUGCAAAUUAAUAUUAAAGAGGAGAAAAACUGAAUCAUCACUAGUGAGGAAAGCUGGAUGAAAAAUACCCUAACCAGUUUGAUUGCAUGAUGAAAUUUGAAUGUUUGCAGUUAAUAAUAGUGAUUCUUUAGAUUUCUAGAGCAUUUUUGCGUUUUCUUGCUUAAAUAUUAAUUUGCAGUCGUUAAUGUGCGUACUUAAUUAAAUCGAAAAAGAUACUAAUAUAUAUAUAUAUAUAUCUAUACACAUAUUUAAUAACCAUUUAAAAUUCCUGAUUUUCUGCCACUGGAAAAUAGUAAAUGAAUAAUUUAAUAAAGUAAAAAAAUUAUAUUUUGGGCCAUUAAAACAUAGCCAAUGUAAUAAAAAAAAGUAAUAAAUUGGAUGGAAUAUAAAUAACAACAUAGGUUGGUUGGUAUUUUCUAAUCCAGUGGCUUUUAGCGACCCGCUUUCGUCUUUGGCAUUUUUUUUUAAAUAAAAAUUUUGAAAUAAAUAAAAGCUUGCAUUAUAGUUGCGACCAACUACAGCUAAGAGGAAAAUCUCCCAAGAAAAAAGAAAAAAGCGCUUCGUUAAAAGCCGUUGGAUUGUAAGUUAGCGAAACUGUUUCAUAUUUAGAACAGCUAUUUGAGUGUUUCAUUACAUUACUUUUAAUAUUGUAAUUCUCAUUUGAACUUGAACUCUGUAUUUAUUUAUUAUAUUUUACACUACUUAACUGUAAAUAGUGCUUUUUCAGAGAUAAAUUUGCAUGAUGACAUGACGUUUAAAAACUAAAUGACUUUAAAUUUCCUUUGUUUGUAUUUCAUUGGUUCAAACUUUUAAAAUAUGAUUAAUAUAAAAAACUAUUUAUUUUGUAUUACUUUUUACUGCACGUUGUUUUAAACAGCUCAUAUUUUGUGUUUAUGCAUUUGAACAAAAUCACUGCUCGAUUGACAAUGAGUUGUCUGAAUGUUGAGCGUUUAAAGAAAAAAAAAAAGAGUUCCUAUUGUGAAUGUGUUCAUGUAAAUAUGAAAAUAAUUUGUUAAACAUUCUACGACGAUGAAAUUAUGUGUGCAUUUAUUUUGUAUACAUUUGUACAGUUUGUCAAUGGAGCCUUAUUGUAUAAAAAGAGAAAAAUGCAAUAAAAUAUUAUUAAUGUUAAA